CGUCGGGUGUCCAACGGCAGCCGCCUCCUCCGUUGUGCCUACACUCGCGAGUGUAAAUCCCAGCUGGCUCGUGAUAUAACUACGGACAACUUGCAAAGUUCGCCUCGUGUCGUGGGUGUGAUUAUUCGGAUGCCCAAGUUGUACUCGCUCGGUUGUACGCGAAUGGGAUCUUCCUGAGGACCCUGUGCACGGUGUUCCGGGAGCCUUCGAGGAAGAGACCGUCAUCACCGACUGCAAGGAAACAUGAUGAGGUCGCCACGAGUGGGUGGCCCGUUGUCGCAGUCGCUGGCGAUGAUACCACCGACGAUGCACGGCCACGAGUUCAACCAGCCACUGUCGAGGGUCGUAAUGGUCCGCAAGACGGACCAGAGGACGUUCAGCAAAGGCAGGCGUGGUGGCGACCCGGUCCUCGAGACCGUCACCAGAGAGACCGUGGAGUUGUUCAACGGCGGUCGCGCCGAGAGGAAGUACACCUCGGAAACGAGGGACAUCGUCACGCCCAAGUCCAGCAGUAAGCCUUUGCUCAACGGGACAAAAAAAAAAGUCGUCGCCUUCGUCGACCAAGUCUCGCCCGACAGGUCGAGAACUGACUCGGUGAGGUCCAAAUCACCGUUGACGGCGUCUCCGGCUUCUCCGGGGCCCCUGUCGUCCUACCACGGCAGCUUUCACAGCAGUUUGGGCAGCGAUGGCAUGUCCUGCAGCAGCGCCAGGUCCUCCUCGGCCUCACCAGACUCUGCCAAGUACUCUUCCUCACAGAUAACCAAGACUGAACCACGUAACAAGCCAUCCGUGCGCAGACCGGGGGCGUCGACGGAGUUUAUCCACGCCUGCCUCGACAUGCACAAUAUUUACCGAUCCCGCCACGGCGUCCCGCCCCUGCGGCUCAGCAAACAGCUGUGCAAGGCCAGCCAGGAGUGGGCGAACGUGCUGGCGACGAGGGGCAGACUCGAGCACCGGGCGAACAUCGAGUACGGCGAGAACCUCUACUGCAUGUGGAGCUCGAACCCCAAGACCGUGGUAACCGGCGACGAGCCAGUCAACGAGUGGUACGCCGAGGAGACGCAGCACGUGUACGGCAAGGAGCCGACGACCCUGAAGACCGGCCACUUUACGCAGGUCGUCUGGCGCGACAGCAUCGAGCUGGGCGUUGGCAUGGCCCGCAACCGGAACGGCGAGGUCUACGUAGUCGUGAAUUACAACCCGGCGGGCAACUUUUUGGGGAGUUUCAGCGAAAACGUGCUGUCGCCCUGCUGCAGCGAUCAGACCUCGAGCUCCUCGGCCUCGUCGUCGCCCCAGCCCGGCAAGAACUCACCCGACUCGGCCAAGAUCCUUGACGAGCGCGCCUGGCAGGAGGAGGCUCUCAGGAUACACAACGAGUACCGCAGGCGGCACCAGGUGCCCGAGCUCAAGCUCAGCGCCGAUCUCUGCGACUCGGCCAAGGAAUGGGCUUGCACGCUGAUGAACACCAACAAGCUGAUACCCCAGUCGUCGUCGCCGUACGGGGAGAACAUAUAUUCGAUGCAGUGCUCGGAUACGAAAUUCGUCGUCUCACCCCGCGAGGUCAUCUCGAAGUGGUACUCGGAGAAAAAGGACCACAAGUUCGGGGUCGAGCCCAAGGUUCUCAACACAUUCCCCGCAAAUCCAGGUCACUUCACGCAGAUUGUCUGGCGGAGCACCAAGGAAAUGGGAAUCGGUAUGGCCAAGAGGGACGGUAGCUGCGUCGUGGUGGCCUGUUACUACCCACGGGGCAACAUAGUCGGCCGGUUCACGGAGAACGUGCCGAGGCCGGUGAAACCGAGCACCUCGGCGUCCUCGUCGUCCUGACCGACGCGCACGACGACACCGGCAACGCCACUGUCGUCGUCCCGGUCGCCCUCAUCCGCCGGUGUUUCCGCUGCUGCUGAUAAAGCCAAGGCUGCUCCUUUUGGUAACGCUGCGGCGCCGGUAACUAGUCAACCCUGUCCGUCCGAGCCUCGAUAAACUAGGAAAACACGUCCUGCGGAUCCAGCGCACUGCAUUAUCGACGACAAACAUUUAUUCAUAUAAUUUAUUAAAAUAUACAUACUAUAUGUGUAUGAUGGAUAAAAAUCGGAUGUUCCCUCCCAACGCAUGCAGCACUUCUGCAUGCCCUUACACUGUCCUAAUAUACUAUAUGCGAUUAUUACCGAAAAGUAUCUUGUGAGCCAGUUUUUUCUUAUGUUCUUUAACGGACACUUAAAUCCACCAAAUUAUUCUAUCGUUUUCUUUUUGUUUAUUCAUAUUUACCGAUGAUGAAGAUUCAUUGACUGUUUCGAAUGUAUAAGUAUACAUAUACACACACGUACUUGGUAAAUUAGGCUUUUGAUACUUUUGAAGUGGACGAUUUCUUUUGUUAUUCUCGUUGGGAUAAUAAUAUUUUUUGGCGUAUUAUGAUAGUGAUACAUAACGAGUAACGCACAAAAGUUGAGUUUAUUAUUUCCGUUAUUAUUCUUUCAAAUAUUUACGUGUGUUGUAUACAAUCAAGCAUAUACUACGAUUUGUUAUAUACGACAGUUAUCAACUUUAUCAAAUGCGUAAAUCAACUUGAAAACAAUUAAAGAUCUACUUUCGACUGAUGGCAAACUACUGCAUUUACGAGAAUGAGCCGCAGUGUUUUUUUUUCUUUUCUAUACAUUAUCAUUCAAUUUAAGGCAGAAUAAAGGACAGUCGCGCCAAAUCAUUGUAAUUUCAACCUUUUCACCGAACCCUACUAUAUACAUAGAUAGAAAAAAAAGAGAGAAAGAGCUUUUGCGAUAUUGCAAAAUGUUUUUCUUAGAUAUUUAGUUGUUAACAAUAAAAAUGCGUAUUUUGUAAAUACGAUGGCAGGAGCGUGGUUGAACACGCGUUGUGUGAAAUAAAAAGAAAACGAAGUUAACGUACAUUCCGCACGGCGAUCCAGUACGCAAGCGUUACGCUGUAAAGUAUACGAAAAAAAACAAAAACAAAAAAAAAAAAUUUUAAUGAUGAGUGAGAUCACUGAGGUUUAGAUUAGUAGUUGAUAUUUUAUUAUGAUAAAGAGAGCAAUAAAUUUAUGGAUAUGUGUAUCCAAUCGGUCCUCGAUUUACG